AUGACAACAUCAUCGUCUUAUGCAAUUGGUAUUGAUGUUGGAACAGGAAGUGUUCGUUGUACGAUUUUUGAUGAUAAAUGGGUGCCGGUUAUUCAAUGGCAAAAACCGAUUCAUACAUAUCAUUCAUCGUCUGCUCCACUUGAAUAUGAACAAUCAUCAACGAAUAUUUGGGAAGCAAUAUGUUAUUGUGUUCGAAAAUGUCUCGAACUUGGAUCAUUUACACCUGAACAAGUAGGACUUAUUCGUUCAAUUGGUUUUGAUGCUACAUGUUCUCUGGUUGUUCUUGAUGAAAAAUAUCAACCUGUUAGUGUUUCUCUUUCGGGUAAUGACGAACAAAAUAUAAUUAUGUGGCUUGAUCAUCGAGCACAUGCUGAAGCAGCUAUAAUAAAUUCAAGUUCGGAUGAUGUUUUAAAAAAUUUUGGUGGUAAAAUUAGCCUUGAAAUGCAACCAGGAAAAUUAAUGUGGCUUAAACGUAAUUUAUCUAAAGAACAAUGGGCGCGUGCACGACAUUUUUUUGAUUUACCGGAUUAUUUACAUUUUCGUGUAACGGAACAAUUAGAUCGAUCACUUUGUUCAUCAGUAUGUAAAUUAUGUUAUCGUUCAUCGGAAAAACAACAUGGAUGGGAUGAAAAGUUUUGGGCUAAAUUUGAUUUAGAUGAUUUAAUGGAAAAUAAUAGUGCAAAAUUAGGUCGACUUGUUCGUAAACCAUUUUCAAACUCAAAUACUGAUGUUUUAAGUAAAAAAGCAGCAGAUGAACUUGGUUUACCAGAAGGUAUUCAUGUUGGUUCACCAUUAAUUGAUGCAUAUGCAGGAGCAUUAGGUGGAUUAGCAUGUAAAUCUCCAAUAGCCGAUGCUCAUCUCACUGAACGAUUGGUUAUUGUUGCAGGUACAUCAAGUUGUUUUAUGGCAUGUAGUGAAAAAGCCGUUUUUGUUCCUGGUGUAUGGGGUCCACAUUAUAAUGUUCUUAUACCUAAUCUAUGGCUUAGUGAAGGAGGUCAAUCAGCAGCUGGAAAAUCUAUUGAUCAUAUAAUACAAAUACAUCCCGCUUAUAAUGAAUUAAAACAAUUAGCAGAUGAACAAAAUAAAAAUAUAUUUGAUAUACUUAAUGAAAUUUUAAAUAAUUUACAAAAAAAAUAUAAUGUUAGUAAUGUAUCAUUAUUAAGUAGUGAUUUACAUAUGACUAUUGAUUUUCAUGGUAAUCGUUCACCAUUAGCUGAUUCAGAAUUAGGUGCUACUAUAACUGGUCUUCGUUUUGAUACAUCAUUAAAUAAUUUAGCAAUACAAUAUUUAACUGUAUUACAAGCUGUUGCUUAUGAUAGUCGACAUAUAAUUGAAAUAAUGACUAAAUCUGGUCAUCAUUUUCGUGUUGUACAAAUUUGUGGUGGUUUAGCACGAUUAGCAUUAUUAACACAAAUAAUGGCUGAUGUUGUUCAAAUGCCUGUUUAUGUUUCUGAAGCAACUAAUGAUUGUGUUUUAUUAGGUGCCGCAAUAUGUGGUCAAUUAAUAGCUGAUAAUGCACAUCAAGUAGAAGAUUUAUUAAAUAAGAUAGCAUGUCCAAUUCAAAUAUAUAUGCCCGAUUCUAAAAUAGCUGAUUUUCAUAAAGAUAAAUAUGAAAUUUAUCGUUUAUUACAACAAACAGAAAUUAAUAGUCGUAAACAAAUGAGUAAAUAUCGUCAAUCAUAA